AUGCGUUUCACUCUGACUCUCCUCACUGCCCUGGUUGGCACCGCUGCCGCCAUCUCCAUCACCUCCCCCAAGAAGAACGAGGAGGUCGACCUGAGCCACAGCACCAAGGUCGAAUGGACCACUGUCAACACUGAUCCCUCGUCGUUCGACAUCUACCUGGUCAAGAUGAACUCGUACCCCCCCGUCAACAAGCUUGUUGGUGAGGAUGUCAAGGCCAGCGACGGUUCUUUCACCAUUCAGGGUGUCACCGCCGCCGAAGGCGCCGGUUACCAGAUCAACAUCGUCUCGAACGAUCCCCUGAACAGCGGCAUUCUGGCUCAGUCGCAGCAGUUCAACGUCUCGGACUCUUCCGCUUCCUCUUCUUCCUCUUCCUCCUCCAGCUCCAAGUCUUCCACCGCCACCGAGACCUCUUCUUCCACUUCCUCCACUGCCACCAGCACCGGUAAGGCCACUACCACUGCCACUGAUGCCUCCUCCUCCACCGCCGCUUCCACCACCCUCUCCUCCACUGCCGCUUCCACCCACCUGACCUCUUCCGCUUCCACCGGCAUUGCCUCGAGCACCGGUACCGCCACCUCCAAGGACAAGCCGAGCGCUUCCUCCACCGCCUCGGGAACCACCAGCCCCAGCGUCACCCUGUCCAACAGCGCCGGCGCCCUCGCCAUCCCCGCCGGAUCCAUCCUGCUGGGUCUGGCCGCCCUGGCUCUGUAA